AUGGGGGAACCAAGAGAAUUCCAAGCAGUCACCAAAAUCCUCAACUCUAUGGUGGAUUCUUACUCAGAAGACGUCCCAUUCCUUCUCCACGAAUUUUUCGACCGAUACAUCCACGAAAUCUUAUCAGGCGCCAAAAUCCACGCAGACCGGCGAAAUGACACAAUUCAGCCUCGUGACAUAAAAGUAUCUAUAGAUUUCCGCACAAAAUUUGCAUUUAAAACCAGAAUGUCCAAGCCAGAGCUUCAAAAUUUGGCUGAGCAGAGGAACAAAAUAAAGCUUCCAAUCCCAGGUGACCGAACAGGAAUUUUAUUGCCAUCUGAAGAGCAUUGUUUACUAUCAAAAAAUUAUCAGUUAAUAAGAGACCAUGACAUGAAUUUAGAUUUUUAA